CGACAACUUGUCAGGUCUCGCCUUGGACCCCGUUUGUAAUCUAGACACCCCUCUCCGUCAUCAUUUUCUGACCUAGUGAUCUAUCUAGAUCGCCAUUUCGCUCCGGUUUGUUUCCUAUUGCGACGACCUGAAUCUUGUCAGUCUGCUGUGAUUUCUACACCUACCUCUGGUUCGCUGGGACACCCUCCCCCGCACUCACCCUCGCGUCAUCCAAGAAGCCAUGGCCGACCGUCAAACGGCUGAGGCGAACGGGGAUAGUUCCAAUGGAUCAGGCGUUGCAUCUCCCCGAUCCAGCUUGGACUCCCGUCCCCCGUCCGUUGGAGGACGCACCCCUCGAAUCCCCCACGUGUCUUCGAACCAUCAACACCGCCAGAGCUUCAGCGAGUCUCUUCGCGGGGCACCAGGAUCCCCACGCUCACGACGCCAGCCAUCGCUUACGCAGGCUGCGAUCCAGAGUCUGAUCGAUAACCCGCCCGCUCCGAACAAUGUGAACCCUGCUUUUGUUGGCCGGGAUUGGCGAGAGAUCUCGAUCGGGGAGCUGGUGAGCCCGGACGACUUGAAAUUUGUGGAAAUUGAUACCGGGAUUGAGACGGCCACCAAUCUUCUGAUUGAAUCCGGCGCACCGGUGCUUUUGAUCCGCGAGACUUCUGAGGACAAGACAGCCGUCGGCACAUUUGACUACUCGGACCUGAACGCGUACCUUCUCCUGGCAGCAGGACUGACCCAGCCGGAUGAGGAGCUGCGUGCUUCGUAUGACGAGCUUGCCCGCAAGGCUCGCGGGGAGAUUCCGAUUCCGCUGAGAGAUGUCAAAGAUCUUGGGAGAAAGGAGCCCCUCACGACCCUCCCCGCAUCGGCCAGUGUGAUGACCGCGGUAGAAACGUUUGGGGGCGGAGUGCAUCGUGUGGUUGUAGUUGAUGAAAAGCGGGACCAUGAGGUGGUGGGCAUCUUCAGCCAGUUCCGGCUGGUCAAGUUUCUCUGGGAGAAUGGGAGGAGUUUUCCGGUGCUUGACCAGCUGUAUCCGCAGGCGUUGCGGGAUUUGCGAAUCGGAUCUCGCAAUGUGAUAUCAAUCAAUGGAGACAAGCCGCUGUGCGAAGCGCUGCAGCUGAUGAACAACGAAGGAAUAUCUUCUGUCGCUGUUGUCGACAACCACACCAAUGUUGUCGGGAAUGUGUCUACUACAGACGUGAAGCUGCUUACGAGGUCCUCGUCGCUUCCUCUUCUCCGAAACACCUGCACGCAUUUCAUUUCGGUGAUUCUGUCGACGCGAGGACUGCAGGAAGGCAAAGACUCUUUUCCUGUUUUCCAUGUCAACCCGGGAUCCACGCUGGCACAUACGGUGGCCAAGGUAGUGGCUACUAAAUCCCACCGACUAUGGGUUACGGAUCCUCUUUCCCCGUCGUCAUCAGGUCCUCCCACUCCAUCACACUCUAUGGUGCACAUCCCGCUAUAUGCUACUGGCAACCAACCCGCGCAGUCGCCACCCCAAUCCCCCGGCCCAACUCCUCAUCACUUCCAGACACCAAGCCACGGCAACCUACACCACCACCCCAGCCCUUCGCCGCCGCCUCCUUCUUUCCCUCCUCAACCGUACAUGAGUCCGGCCUCGCUAGGCGCACCAUCGAUCCCGGCGUCAGCCCUACCCGGAGCACGGCUAUCCGGUCGUUUAGUGGGGGUGGUGAGUCUCACAGAUAUCCUCAACCUGCACGCACGGGCUAGCGGGUUGAGCCCCGCGGAUCCGGCCGAGAGCCGAAGUCGCCGACGACGGAGCAGCAGUUCGAGCGUGAGCGUGCGACGGAGUGGGGAUAUCGGGCGAGAACUGUUCAGCCGAUAGUCGCUUUACAUGGUAACUUUAGGAGUACUGUUGUUCGUACUUUCUCCGAGUCAACUACUCUGCAGCACACUCGGUUGGUUUCGUUCUUUUCUGCGGUUUUGGGGAGUGUUUGGCUUGGCCAGUUGUGCAAUUCCAUAUUAGCAUGAGUAACUAUUAGCUCGGUUUAACUAUCUUUUAUUAUUUCCCCGUAGCUUUAAGGUAGAUCGCAAGGAAUGAAUCUUUUAACCAGUGACCAUAUCAAUCCACUCAUGUAUACUAUCAUCUACCAAGUACCUAAUAUACAAUGAUACUUUC